UUUUUUUUUUUAAAAAAAACUCCCUAUUCACCUACCUUUACAGAAAAAAAACUCUCUUUUUUUUCUGUUACUCUUUGCAACUUUUUACUCUUUCCCUUAAACUCCUGAAACCCUUUUAAAAAAACCCUUUUUUUUAUCUCCCAAUUAGUGUACAUUUAUCAGAAAUCGAAAUGUACGCUACUACCUUUUAAAUCUCCCACUUCUCGACCCUUUGAAUAGAAAUUAAAAAAAAAAAAAAAAAAAGUUAAAAUGGCCUAUUAUUACAUGUUAAACGGAAAGCACGUAGGAAACGACGUAGAUUGAACCCUCAUUACAAAAUUAGCCCAAUUACACACUAUAUAGAAAAUAUCAUCAACCCAGUACAAAACUCAACUAUCAUGUCUUAUCCCAUGGACCAACAAUUAUUUUUCCCUACACAACAAGACCCAUUGUUGUUUCAACAACAACAACAAGAAGAAGCAGCUCUCUUUAGUGAUCUCUUUAAGGACCCUUCUUUAGACCAAUUGCUCUCUUAUUCGCCAAUCUCCUCUCCCGGAUCCUCCUCUUCUGAAACUAUUGACAGUCCCACUGCUGUUCUCAAUGAUGGAUUCUUGGAUGACUUACUUACUUCUCCCUCUACUUUACCUGCCAUGGAUAUGAUGUAUCAUCAUUUUGAACCUUUGGAACAAUUACAACCCAUCCAUGAAAAAGAAGAAGAAACUCUCAAGCCUCGUCCAUCCAAGAAGAAUCAUCUUCAAGGCCAAUCUACCAUGUCAAUCAAGAUUACAACCCACAAGUCAGCAAGACCUGCACGCAAAUUAGAAUGUUUUAAUUGUAAGGUAACCAAGACUCCUCUUUGGCGUCGUACCCCUGAUAGACAACAUUCACUUUGUAAUGCAUGUGGACUCUAUUACAAGCAAUAUAACUGUCAUCGUCCACUCCAUGUUCGUAACAAGACCCAUACUAUCCGAGCUCAUCCUUAUGCAUGUGAACGUGUAUUGCCAAUGACAAUUCACACCAAUAAUAGUCCUCCUUCUCCUCCUUCUCCUUCUCCUGUGGUCCCUCUCGCUUCUCUUUCCCCUACUACUACUCCAUCUGUGGAACCCAAGGUGAUACAAGACGAGGUCAACAUGAUGGGUCAAGAGUGUGCCAACUGUCAUCAAACACAAACUCCACUUUGGCGCAAGAAUGAACGUGGUGAACCUGUGUGUAAUGCGUGUGGAUUGUAUGCCAAACUUCAUCAUCGUGAUCGACCUGCUGAAAUGAGAAAGACGACUAUCCAAAGACGCCGUCGUGAUUGGAAUUCCGAUGAAGAUGAAGAAGAACCCGAUGUUGUCAUGUCACCUCCUACCAGUCCUGUUACUACGACAACCCCUCCUCAGCAACAGAGUACCUUGUCACCCAUGGCUGGACUUGAAACCGAAGAUACCCGAUUUGUGUCGCUUUUAUUGCAAAUGGACAGAGAUCAAAUGCAUGGCUUUUUAAACACGUUGGAACGCCGUUGUGGUUUCCUUAAGACUAUUUUAUCCACAGAUUAAAACUUAUACUAUAAAAUAAAAUAAAGAGACUUUUUCCUUUUAAAAU